GCAGAUGCUAUCAAUAGUAGUCAGGCCUUUAUGAAGAGAGAAACUCCCCAGCAAUCCCCCUCAAAUGAUGCCCAUCGCCGCACCUGCGAUCAUCGUUUUCCGAUCUCGUGCCCCUAUAAAAUAUGGUAUGAUGCCGAUUAGCCCAACAGAUCGAUCCGCCGCCAGCAAGAAGAAGAAGAGGAGCAGCCCGCCGAGGAGGACAGAAGCGCCGUUCGGUUGUGUUCGGUAUUGCCAGAUCGGGAGCGCGUCGGCGGCGAUGGCAUCGAACGAGGCAAUGUGGGGCUCGACGAGCUCGGGCGGCGCCGCGGGGCCGUGCGCGUUCCCGACGGUGCCGAGGCUGCUGCGGUCGCACGUGUGUGACUGGAUCGCGCUGUUCCUCCUGGUCGCCGUCGACGGGGCGCUCAACCUCGUCGAGCCGUUCCACCGCUUCGUGGGGGCCGGCAUGAUGGCCGACCUCAGAUACCCCAUGAAGACCAACACCGUCCCCGUCUGGGCCGUGCCGCUCAUUGCCGUCAUUGGGCCCGUGGUCAUCUUCCUAAUGGUCUACAUAAGGCGGAGGAACGUGUACGAUCUGCACCAUGCGAUUCUAGGUAUCCUAUUUGCCGUGGUGAUAACCGGAGUCCUGACCGAUGCGAUCAAGGACGCCGUCGGCCGGCCGCGCCCAAACUUCUUCUGGCGCUGCUUCCCCGAUGGAAAAGCGGUGUACGACAACGUCACCACAGGAGUGAUAUGCCACGGCGAUCCAAGCGCGAUCAAGGAAGGGCACAAGAGUUUCCCGAGUGGCCACACCUCAUGGUCAUUUGCCGGCCUGGGGUUCCUGUCAUGGUACCUCGCCGGGAAGAUCACCGUGUUCGACCGUCGGGGGCACGUUGCCAAGCUCUGCGUUGUCCUCCUGCCUCUGGUCUUGGCGGCGAUGGUUGCCAUCUCGCGGGUGGAUGACUACUGGCACCACUGGCAAGAUGUCUGCGCCGGCGGCGUCCUCGGAUUGGUGGUUGCUUCAGUUUGCUACCUCCAGUUCUUCCCAGCUCCGUCAGACGAGAAAGGUUCGUGGCCGCACGCGCACUUCAGGUUCAUCACCGAGCAGGAGGAGGAGAGCCGAACGCAGGUACCCACAGAAAUGGGAGCGCCCACGAGCCACGAACUGGUUGCGUUGGAAGCCGGCCGGAGAGGCCAGUUGUAGCAGGAACAAUAUGGUGUACAGAAGUCCCCGUAGCUUUGUGUGACUACGUUAAUUUGCAGGUCAUCACUGACGAAGACUACUGACGUGAUCCUCCCACGCAUGCUCUGAAACUCCAGUUGUGAAUAUCUGUAUUAUUCUUUGGAAUCUGUAUAUAUUCGAUUUUAUGUGCAGCAGUUGAAAUUUAA